AUGGCGGCCAACGCUGUGCCGGACACCCAAUUGGGCCUCACAGACGAGGAAAUCCAGCUGCUGCGCCAGGGUCAGGCCGCACUCGGCGGGAGCGCCGCCGCCUCGACCAAUUCUAGGGCGGCCAGCAGAGCCAGCAGCCAGGGCUUGCUGCUUCUCGACAGCUCAUCUCUCGCCGCCUUGGGUCGCUACUUUGACCGGCUGAUGGCUGGCGUCGAGCAGAAUAUCCGCACCCUUGGCGAGCAGGCCCAGAUGUUCACCCAGUUGCAGUACGAUAGAGCCGGCAACAUCAUUUACGGCGCCGAUGCCGAAAUUGCUCGCUACACCGAAAUACUGCGCCAGCUAGACGAGCUCGAGCUCGAUUUUGACCGCAUAGCCCAUAUCAAGGACAUUGUCAAGGCGUAUCGACAGCGGGUCCAGGACAUGGAGCGGGACCUCGACGCGGUCGGCUCCUCCAGUCGGCACCACAAGCACCCCUCGACCCAUCGAAGCACCCACCACCCACACUCACAAUCGCACCGUCAUGGCUCGUCUCGCAAGCACAAACGUUGA